AUGAGGACAAUUGUGCUUUGCGUUUGUGCCAGUCUCCUGCUUACAGCCACCUUGGUGCCGCGCGCCAGCCGGGCAGCAGAAUCCCCCGUCAACUCACACCAGAGAUGGGACGCUAGAGGAACCUACUCGUUGGGAUCUGAAUCUGGUACCCCCACCUCCUGCCCCAUGAAACUGAGACCCUCGGGCCAGUGCGGGAGCUCCGGGGCCGGGGCAGAGGAGGGGGAGGAUUGCCCUUACCAGCUCACUCUGCCUCCCCUCACCAUCCAGUUGCCCAAACAGUUCAGGCUUCUGGAGAAGACGAUGAAGGAGCUGCAGAGCCUGAAGGAGGUGGUCAACAAGCUGAAGAGUGGGUGCCAGGAGUGCCGUGGGGCACGGGGCAAUGGGGCUUUUGGACAUCAGCAAGCUGACCAGGGACAGACGCAGAGGGAUGCUGGGGGAGAAGUGAGACUGGACCUGACAGGACAGGAGGUGCAAGGUGGGUCCAGCCAAGAAGAGAGGGGAGAUGGGAUAAUCCCUGGAGCUACUGUGGAUGUUGCUGGACCAGGGCAUGCUUCUAUUUUUGGGAAAAUUACACCGAGCCCGAGCACUAUGCAGGAGAUGCAGGUGAAGCUGAAUAGGAUGUCAGCCAGCCUGCGCAACGCCAGGAGCCAGAUCUCGGCUAUGCAGGGUCGUAUGGAGGGGCUCAACCUGCUCAACAUGGACAACGUGCAAGCUAUGGUGGACAGGCAGGUGGAGAACAUCACUGGAGUGGUCAACAAGCUCAGCUCCACCUGCACCACCGCAUGUCCAGUUCAGAACACUCCUCAGUUCAUGUUAGCCCCUCGGGACUGUUCAGACUACAAUGUUCUGGAGGUGAGGAAGAACGGUGUGUAUCGUGUGACCCCUGAUCCCCGCAACGGGACAUUUGAUGUCUUUUGUGACAUGGAAUCCUAUGGAGGUGGAUGGACGGUGAUACAGCAAAGGCUCGAUGGGUCUGUCAGCUUCAAUCGCACCUGGACAGAGUACAAGAAAGGUUUUGGGAACCUCAGAGGUGAGUUCUGGCUGGGCAAUGACCAUAUCCACUUGAUGACAAAAGCCAAAGACAUGAUCUUGCGCAUCGAGCUGGAGGACUUUGAGGGUGUUCGGGAGUACGCAAGGUACGACCAGUUCUACGUGGCCAAUGAGUACCUACGCUACCGGCUGUCCAUCAGUGGAUACAGUGGGACAGCUGGGAACGCCAUCAGUUUCAACAAGCACUUCAAUCAUGACCAGAAGUUUUUCUCCACGCCCGACCGCGACAACGACAUGUAUCCAUCCGGUAACUGCGGCACCUACUACAGCUCCGGCUGGUGGUUCGAUGCCUGCAUGUCCGCCAACCUCAACGGGAAGUACUAUCACAAGAGGUACAAGGGAGUCAGGAACGGGAUCUUCUGGGGAACAUGGCACAACAUGUCGACAGAGUACUACCCCACCAACUACAGGCAGGCCUUCAAGACUGUCAAGAUGAUGAUACGGCCCAAGAACUAUGCCCCUUAAGAGGACAGGUAAAUAUCGAUGAGUAUAGUGAGACGGACAGAUAGACGGACGAACACAAAACAAAGACAGUCAGAAAAUGGAAGAACAAGUAGACUCAGAAACUCAUACACAUGCGCAUAGUCAUGCAUUUGCACACAUUUACACAUGCAUACGUGUACACCGAAAAAGACUAUAAGUACUAUAGACAGUUUGAAUGCAGUAAUAACAAAAGUAAUUGAGAAAAAAAUUAACUGUGCUAUUUUCCACUGUGGUGAGUGUGGCCUUCAAGAUGUUGGAUUAAAAUGAUGAUAAUAAAGGACAAUGGACUAUGAACGAUGAUGGACUAAUAAAAAACAAAAAACACAUGCAAUGUAAAGGCCAGCCUCCUACAGGGGCCAUAAUAUUAUACGAAGGGUUACCAUGAGAGAUUUUUUCAAUGUUUCUCUGACAUUUCCUCACUUUCUGUCCUGCUGCCUCGUGCUAUAAACCCCCGCUGAGACGCAGCACAGCACACAGUAGUAGUAAAAACUAACGAGCUAUCAUUUUCUCCACUCUAAACAGUUUAAUAAUUAACAGCAGCCACUCGAGUGAGGUAUAUGAGAAAUAAUGAUAUAGUUUUGAGUGCAUCUGAAAUUUAUUGUGAAAGACAGAGUCAAACUGUUAAAAAAAAAAAAAUUACAGGGAGUGAUAUACAACAGCCUUUGGGCAGCGGCGUCGUUCAUUUAAUUACUCAGACACUUCAGUAAUGUGUCAUCGUCCUACAUAAUAUAAAAUGUCCCAGUAUAAAUAUGCAGUCUGAGAUAAAUUUCUAUUGGACCAUUGCCAAGCACAUUCUGCAUUAUUGAUGCAUUAGUAAAAUUCUUGACGGCAGCCACGGAGCAGGACACUGCAGCAAGGAAAAAAAUAGUUUUUCCACCCUUGUCUCUGGGUGCACUGAACUACUGCAAAUAUAUUGAUGCCAUACACCAGUUUUCACGUGUAAAAAAAAAAAAAAAAAAAAUUCCUCCCUGACUCACCACUUGUACAAUACUGCUGCCUAUUGUUAGAAAACUGUAUUGCAUCAUUUAAUCCAUUCUAUACACACUGUGAAUGGGAAGGAUGGGGAAAGAAAUGUUUCACUUUAAGGACGUGUACAGUAUUUAUUUUAUUUUGUGAGGUAUGAUAGCUUUUAUAUAAUACAUAGGGCAUACAGUAGGUUCGAUGAUUGUUGAUAUUCGAGCAAUGACAACGACUGUGCAUUGUUGUGACCAUUCAUAGUAAUUAUGUGUGUAGUUGGAGCUUUGUGUGUGUACAGUAUUGCUCUUUUCUAUCAUUCAUAUUCAACUGUCAUGCCAAAAGAUAUGCACUUUUUAUAUCAAAACAUGAAUAAAAUUCUAACUACAUGGCUGUGUACAUUGCAGUGUUUGGCAGCUUGAUGUCAUACUGAUGCCUGCUCAUCUUUAAAAGCAUCUUCUGUAUUGGAUUCACCUUUUUAAUGAAUGUAUACAAAAAUGUAUACAAGUUUAGCAUGAGUAUCCAUGAGUAGAAAACACAAACUCUGAAGUGUCUGCCGUCUAGUAUCCAGGGCUAUUUGAUGCCUGUAAAAAUGGAGGGAUGAGGUGCUGCAUGCCCGUAAUAAAUGGGUUAAUGAGGUGUUGACUCAAUAAAGCAACUCAGUAAAAGAGUGAGUUCAUAUUAACUUCACAGAGGUUUAUGAUCAAACUGUGGGCCUGUGACUUUAAUGUCUGUUUACUGUAUGUGACGAUCAAGUUAAUAAAAAAGUACUGUGCUCAUCCACGUGA